AUGACAAACGGGUCCAAAAGCCCCAAACAACACCAGCAGCAACAAGGCAGUCCACAACAGUCUCAGCAACCACAGCAGCAGGUGAAGCGGCCACACAGUGUUGCAGGGAGACUGCCUAGCUACGCGUCUCCAACGGUUGCUUCAACCACGCGUAUGGCGAGACGAGAUGAUAAAGAUGAUGUAAUUACCGUAUGCUUUAGAUGCAGAUCGGCUCCGCCGGACUACCGUUCCAAAUUUCUAGAGCAACAGCAGCAACAGCAGCAGCAGCAAGCAGGUCACGGGGGGGCCACCAAAGGGUCGAGCCACCCCAUUUUCAGUGUCACCAUUCCAACAUCGGAACUUUUCGCUCCUAGAAGCUCAACUUUUCAAAAUGGGAAAGAACAUAAACAUGGUGGAAAAUUUGAUGGUUUUGGCAAAACUGGAAUCAUUUUGAAACCGUCAGAAACCAUUGGUAAUAAACAGAAUGCAGUGUCUAAUGCGGCGACUGCAACAGCCACUGCAGUUACUACUACUACUGCAGCUUUCAACUUGAUGAAGCCAUCCGUGAAGCACAAGCAGCAUCAGCAGCGCAGGCCAGUUUCGGCGAUUCUAGAACGUUCGGAUGAGAAGAGUUUAGUUGAGUUGAGGAAUUUGAAAAAUAUCCAACACAAAUAUCCGACUUCUGUGGAGGAGGUGGCGAAGGAUGGAAAAAAUAAAAAUGGCGGUAGAGAUGAAAAGAACGUCGUUUCUCUCUCUCUGAACAUCGAUUCCAAAAAAUCCCGGAAUCAGUUGGGACUGGCGUUGAACCUUGAGAAAAAUCAAGGAUUCAUUGAAAUGUUCGACCAGGAGGCUAAACCAAAACGGAAAGAAAACAUCGGCAAAGAUGGAGGAAAAAGAAAAUUGAGAUCCAUUUCCGCCAUUCCGGAUUCGAAAAAAACUACCGAUGUUGAUACCGGAUCGAGUGUCUUCAUCGCGGAUAACGAAUCGGAUAAGAUAUCCGCUACUCACUAUCCGACCGCUAGACCGACACCUCAGAUUUUACAUACCACCACUACUGCUACUGCUGCUACUGACAUUACUACAAGUACUAUUGGCGCUGUUGCUAUAGGUACCACUGCGGCCAGUGUAGUUACUACAACAGCUACUACAAAACAGCAAACCGCGGCUUCUAAAAUUCAAAAAGAUGGAAAAGUAGAGGCCAAAAAUAGAAAGUUGCCAUUAUCGCCAGCAAUUACAAAACAACAACAACAACAUAAGCAACAACAACAUCAACAACAACAUCAACAACAACAACAUCAACAACAGCAACAACAACAAAGACAGCUGAUGAGCAUUGAUUCAAAGGAAAGACUGACAAAUAAGACCCCGACAUUUUCGGCCCCGAAAGCGAAAAUUCCCUCACCAAUCAUGAUGGAGAUUAUGAAACCCAUCCCUAUUAAACUUUCCGUCUCGGCGAUCAGUGAAGAUGGCGGCUCUGGUGACGUCAUCGGAGAAGAAACCAAAGAUACUAAAGAUACCAAAGAGACCAAAGACGCUAAAGAUAAACAGGUUAUUAAUAAGAAGAUAAAAGAUAUCAAGUCAUCUAAGGAUGAUGUAAAGAAAGAAGCUAAGAAAGAGACCAAAGUAAUUGAGGCAAAGACAAAAAAGUCAGCUAAGAAAUCGCCAACACCAACUUCAAAUAUCGAAAAUACCUCCACCACUACUACUACCACCACUGCCACUACUACUACUACUGCUGCAGCAACCACCACUACUACUACUACUAUUACUGCCGCUGCUAAAUUGUCAGUGGCCCGUAAAACGACCAAAGAUAUAAAAGAAGAUUCCAAGAUGGGCGCCGCAAAAAAAAAAUCGCUGAAGAAUGGCGAGAAACUGGCCGACGACAAAGUGGCUUUAAUAGAGAACUUUUCAAGGCAUGAAAAACAAAAAACUACGAAAAAAGAAAUAAGAACAGCUGCUACUGAGAAAAAAGGUAAAAAGGACGAAAAUUUCAUCGAUCGUAACAUCUCAGCAGCUCCAAAAGCAGCUACAGCAGCUACUACCACAGCUCAUGACUCAGCAGCUACAGCAGCAGCAGUAGUAGUAGUAGUAGCUAUGGACGCUUCUGUAGAUGGUGCCAUUCAAAAUUCAAUCACGAAUGAUAAAGAUGGGAUAGUGUUCGAGGGUGAAGAUAAGAAAUAUGGGGAAGGAAAAACAAACAAAAGUGAAAUUGAUCAAGUGGCUGAUGAAGUAGCUGAUGACGUAGUAGCCGCAGUGACGUCAUUAGCGUCUGAAACAUCGAUGACUGCUUCUAUUGAGAUUGAGAACGAAAUCAAGGAGAGGGAGAGAGUGGAGAAAUUGAAAAAAGAUGAAGAAGAAAGAAUGGACAGAAAGAAGAGAAUUGACACUAUAAUGAAACGAGUCAAAUCUGAAGAUGCCGCAAAAGUAAAUGAAGUGAAUGAAUGA